AUGAAUGGCUGUGUUGUACAAUGUGCAAAACCAGCUAAUAGUAUUGUGAUGUUAAGCAUUCUGGAUAGAUAUAGAAUCGAAGAGAAGGAUGGAAAUAAUACAGAAGAGAAGGAUGGAUACAGUACAGCAGAAAACGAUGGAUAUAGUGCUGAAGAGAAUGAUGGAUAUAGUACAGUAGAGCAGGAUGGGUAUAUUACUCAAGAGAAUGAUGGAUACAGUACCGUAGAGAAGGAUGGAUAUAGAACUGAAGAGAAGGACGAUAUAAAACUGAAGAGAAGGAUGGGUAAAGUACAGAAGAGAAUGAUGGAUAUAGAACAAACUGAAGAGAAUGAUGGGUAUAGAACUGAAGAGAAGGAUGGGUAUAGUACAGAAGAGAAUGAUGGAUAUAGUACAGUAGAGAAGGAUGGAUAUAGUACAGUAGAGCAGGAUGGGCAUAUUACUGAAGAGAAUGAUGGAUACUGUACCGUAGAGAAGGAUGGAUAUAGAACUGGAGAGAAGGACGAUAUAGAACUGAAGAGAAGGAUGGGUAUAGUACAGAAGAGAAUGAUGGAUAUAGAUAGAUAUAGAAUCGAAGAGAAGGAUGGAAAUAAUACAGAAGAGAAGGAUGGAUAUAGUACAGCAGAAAACGAUGGAUAUAGUGCUAAAGAGAAUGAUGGAUAUAGUACAGUAGAGCAGGAUGGGUAUAUUACUGAAGAGAAUGAUGGAUACAGUACCGUAGAGAAGGGCGGAUAUAGAACUGAAGAGAAGGAUGGGUAUAGUACAGUAGAAAAUGAUGGAUAUAGUAUCGUAGAGAAGGGCGGAUAUAGAACGGAAGAGAAGGACGAUAUAGAACUGAAGAGAAGGAUGGGUAUAGUACAGUAG